UUAUCUUGGUCGAGCUUCAUUAUUUACAUAACACAUAAUGCAACUUAGGCGUGUUAACUUUUCCAACUGUUAUAACUGUCAAACAUAAGUCGGUUUACGAUAAAGUAAAGUUACGUGCGGUAGCGGAAGUUGGGUUACUUCCAACGUAAUAUCCGCAAGAUCACAACAUACAGUUUCCUCUAGUCCCAGCUGGUGUCACAUUCCAUGCUAAACCUUCCCGUCCUCGGUAUGCCAAACUCGUCAGCCAUUGAAAGAGAUAACCAGAUAUACUGGGGGAUUCAACUGGACCAGGAUCUGUUAGAAACUAUUAUCACCCUCUAUCCUGAGUGGUUUAGAGACUAUAACCUGAACUUGACCACAAUGGCAGAUUGGAAUGCCAAUAACACUAAUGGAAUAGGAGGAAGCGGGAGCAGAAACACAGUGAUUCCUUUGUCGCAGUCUCGUGACUCUGUCUCUUCACGAAAAGCUGAGGUAGAUGAAGAUUCUCUUCAGAAAUCCAUGGAGAAAAACAAAGAAUCUCUGAAAAAGAAGCUCCUACAACGUCGGCCAAUAUCUCAACUCGUAGAACAAGGGAUCAUGCCAC